GUGACACUCAUGCUGUCAAUUUAGCAGUUAUUGUGUUAGCCGACAUAAUUUCGUUUAGUUUUGCUGUUUCGCCUAUUUGUAUCGAUUGGUAUAGUAAAUAUAUACUUAUAGUGGAUGGAAUAAUUCUGCUACAUUUGAGGGCAUUUAUACUCAAAAGAGGCCAUAUAAUAGCAUGGUCGGUACAACAUAUUUUAAUGAAAAUCAGAUACACAUUGACAACUUUUCUUGUAUACAUUUAUAUGAUACAUACAAUCUUGCAGAUUUAGUGACUUAUGAAAAUGUUUGUAUCAGAAUAAUUACAGAUAAAAUAAUAGAUGAGGCAUUUACCUACCAAAGCUUAAACAUUUUACACUCUAAUUCUUUUUUUUUGACCGGGUUAAAAAGUUACUGGAGUACUAUAAAUAACAAGACAGCCUUAGGUUUUAUAGACGUAAAAUACUAUGUUCCGUGGAUUCGUGGAAUUUUGAACAAACAUGGUACAGUGAAUUCAUGUGUUUUACCAAUUGUCGAAGGAGUUGUAUAUUCUCAUGAAGGUUCUCAUGAAAUUUUAUCUCCCGGGACAUUAAUUAACCAUCAUCGAACUGUUGUUGAGAAUUGUGAAGUUGGAUAUCACAAAGCUUAUACCAAUGGUUCUAGGUUUUGUCGAGAAAAUGGAAAAUGGUUAUCGAAUUCUGAGAAAUUGUGUUUCAAAAUGUGUCCACCUCUACUAUCAGAUAGUUUAGAUAUUAAAUGUAGUUAUAAUGGUAAGAAUUCUAAUUGUUCAAAUUUAUCAAUACCUAAUACAACAGCAACACUAUCAUGUAAGCCAACAUAUAGUGCGCCAAAUGGACUACAAGAUACUACACUUGAAAUAAAUUGUCAGUCCAACGGGAUAUGGGAUAAGCAACAAUAUGCAUGCAAACCAACAAAUGUAUGCGUUUUACCAACUGCCGAGGGAGUUUUGUAUACUUAUGAAGAUUCAAAUGAAAUUUUAUCUCAUGGUACAUUAAUUAAUCAUAACCUGACUGUAAAUGAGAACUGUGAAGUUGGAUAUCAUAAAGCUUAUCCCAAUAGUUUUAGGGUUUGUCAGAGAAAUGGAAAAUGGAAAACUAUUUCUGAGAAUUUAUGUUUAAAAAUGUGUCCACCUCUACUAUCAUAUAGUUUAGAUAUUAAAUGCUUUCUUAAUGGUAAGGAUGCUAAUUGCUCAAGUCCAUCGAUACCUGGCACAAUAGCGAUACCAUCAUGUAAGACCACACAUAAACUACCAAAUGGACAAGAAGAGACUCCGCUCAACAUAAAUUGUCAGUCUAAUGGAAUAUGGGAUAAUCAUCUAUAUGAAUGUGAACCAUAUUGUGGUAAAAAUUAUAGCAAUACAAAGUUAUUGAUCGCCAAUGGUCAAAACGCAUCUUUUGGAACAGCACCUUGGAAUGUAGCAAUAUAUCGUUUAAAUGAAAAAAGUCAUAAAUUUAUAUGUGGAGGAUCAAUUAUUGGUCCUAAUUUAGUAAUUUCUGCUGCUCAUUGUUUUUGGAAUACAACUAUUACAUCGAAUACAAUAUUUGUAAAUGAUAGUUUCUACAAAAUUGCUGUUGGAAAAUAUGCUAAGGAUUUUACAGUGAUUGACAAUAUAUUUACUAAAAUAAUGGAUGUGGAAAUGGUUUAUCUGAAAGAUUGUUUUAAUGGAUAUACUGGGCGUUAUGCCGAAGAUAUAGCUAUUAUUUUGUUAAAAAACAGAAUUGAUUUUAAUGAUGGUGUUGGACCGGCUUGUAUCGAUUGGAAAGGUAAAUUCAACGUAGCCAAUGGAGAUAUAGGAAAGAUUGUUGGUUGGGGAGAAAAGGAAGGAUACUUUAAAAGUCCUAUUUUAUUGGAAGCAUCUUUACCAUACUUUAACAAUAGUUUUUGCCGGAAAAUGUUUAAUACCGAAUUUGUAUCAUUUGUGACUCCUGAUAAGUUUUGUGCCGGCUCUACAUCGGUUUCAGGACAAAGAGUAGGUGGAGGAGAUAGCGGUGCCGGUUUAUGCUUUGUACACUCUGAUUUGUAUUAUUUAACCGGAGUUGUGAGUUCCAAGGAUCCAGAAACAAACUAUUCAAUCGCAGCUUUUACAAAUAUCCAGUCCCACAUUGAUUGGAUUAGUGAACUGUAUAUUAAACAUAAAUAAGUCCAAUAUAAUUAUAGUAAUGUUAUGAAAAUAAUUUGUUCUAAUUGUUAUUGAAAUCAAUAUUUGUAUAAAUAGUUUUUUACCUAUGUGUAACAAUAUGUUUAACAGUUCAUUAAAAUUAAACAUAAUAGUACGCAAAUACGUACAUAAUAUUAUGCAGUACCAAAGUAUUAUAUAAUAUAUUAUUAUAAUUUUCACAUA